CGAACUGGAGCCGAAAAGUGCAGAUAAACGAAGCCACAGCAAAGGUUCUCUUCACUCUCAGGGUCAGACGUUGAUUCUUUUACACGCACAGCAAUAGUUUAUGAAGAAUUUAAUCUCUUUUCUCCUUAAUUCUACCAUUUUUCCCUUUAUAAACCCUAGCCAUGGCUGCUUUGGCUGAAAACCCUAGGACCAAGCUCCAAUUACGUCUCCAUUCGCAAUCCAACCACUACCCAACCCACCACGACACCGUUGAUGUUUCCUCAUCAGCUAGACUCUUCUCUGAGAUUCUUAGUCAUACCGAUCCUAAAGAUGUUGAAUCUGCACUCUCCUCCUCUGGAAUUCCUCCUACCCCUGAUCUUGUCCAUCAAGUCCUUAAGCUUAGUUACAACAAUCCCUCUUCUGCUGUGGUGUUUUUCCGGUGGGUGGGCCGGGCACAUAAACCCACCCCUUAUGCAUGGAACCUGAUGGUGGAUUUACUUGGCAAGAAUGGGCUUUUUGAAUCCAUGUGGGAUGCAAUUCGCUCUAUGAAGCAAGAAAAUGUAUUGUCGAUAGCGACUUUUGCUUCUGUUUUUGGGAGUUAUUGUGCAGCUGGCAGAUUUGAUGAAGCUGUAAUGAGCUUUGAUGUUAUGGAUAAGUAUGGGAUUCAGCAAGAUGUUGUUGCUGUGAAUUCGCUUUUGAGCGCUAUGUGUAAUGAGGAUAAUCAGACAAUAAAGGCAUUGGAGUUUUUUGAAAGGGUAAAAUCUAAGAUACCCCCAGAUGGUGAUACAUUUGCUAUUUUGUUGGAAGGGUGGGAGAAGGAAGGCAACCCUGCCAAAGCAAGGACUACAUUUGGUGAGAUGGUUGUUCGCAUCGGAUGGAGCCCAUCAAACAUGCCGGCUUAUGAUGCGUUUUUGACCACACUUGUUCAAGCCUCGCAAACAGAUGAGGCUCUCAAGUUCCUGCACGUUAUGAAGGGGAAGGCUUGUAUGCCAGGUUUGAAAUUUUUUUCUAAUGCUCUUGAUAUGUUUUGUAAGCAGAAUGAUCAUGUGAAUGCUGUCCCAUUGUGGGAUACAAUGGUCGGCAGUGGGGUAGUGCCUAAUUUGAUUAUGUACAAUAGGAUGAUUAGCUUGCUUUGCAACAAAAGUGACAUUGAUAAUGCAUUUCGGUUGCUUGAUGAGAUGGUCUUCAAUGGAGUUUUUCCAGAUUUUUUGACUUAUAAUAUGAUUUUUCAAUGUCUGAUAAAGGACAAAAAGGUUUACCAAGUAGGAAAGUUUUUCUGCGAGAUGACCAAGAAUGAAAUGCUUCCCAAUCAUCUUGAUUGUGCUGCAGCCAUCGCAGUGCUGAUGGAUGGUGAUGACCCUGAAAUGGCAAUUGAGAUAUGGGACUACAUGGUUGAGAACCAUGUGUUGCCCCUUGAUGAGAGCGCAAACGCUCUACUCAUAGGACUUUGUAAUUUGGGUAGGUUGUCGGAGGUGAGGAGGUUUGCAGACGAUAUGCUUGAUAGAAAAAUCAAUAUAUAUGAAUCAACUAUGUCAAAGUUGAAGGGCACCUUUUACAAGGAGGGUAGCAGUGCAAGGGACAGGUUUGAUAACCUCUCAAGGAGAUGGAGAGCUACCUAGAUAUGACUCUGUAUAUUUCUUUUUGGUCCAUCUAGUGAAGCUUUCAAUUUGAUGUAUCUGUGACAGUCAUUAAUAGAGAAGCUUUGCUGUGAGCAUGAUCUUCCCAUGUCCUAGAUCCUUUUCCUUGUCAUCUUCUAUUCAUAUGAUACAUGUUUUUUUUUCCUCACAUUAUGAUAUCCUGGAAUUUUGUUAAUC